CGCCCUCGCCUCGCCCCUUGCGAAGGGAGACGGGGAGAAGGCGCUUCCGCGGGCGCCGCCGCGCACUCGGACCCGGAGCAGGCGGCUCGGCUUGGCGAAGGAUGAAGCGGCGCGCCCAGGAGGCGCCUUCGGGGGCGCAGGGCAAGGGGAUCGCCGCCUCUUCCAACCUGGGUCAGGCCGCGUCCGCAGCAAGGGCCCCCCGGCAACCUGCCGGGGGGCUUCUGAACUGGUUCCAAGCCAGUAAAAUCAAGACGCUGAUCCUGAAUGUAUUUAUUCUGUACGCCUCCAUCCCCUUCAUCAUCCGCAUGUUCCCUUCGCUGCUGCAAAAGUUUGUCUUUCUUAAUUUCCUUGUUUUUCCCUUUGGGGUGGAUUUCCAGAAACCCGAAGUAUAUCUGAAUCACACGAGGAACUUUUAUCUCACCUCCGAACCGGGGAUCACUAUUGGGAUUUGGCACUCCUUGCCUGACAACAUGCGGGAGGAGGCUGAGGGGAAGGGCCCCAGCUGGUACGAAGAGGCCCUGGCGGACGAUAAUCCCAUCAUAAUCUAUCUCCAUGGCAAUGGGGGGACCAGAGCAGCAAGUCACAGAGUUCGUUUUGCAAAGGCCAUGAGUGACAGCGGCUUCCACGUCCUGGCUGUUGACUACCGAGGCUACGCAGACUCCACCGGCCACCCCAGCGAAAACGGCUUCACCACGGACAUCCUGUUUGUCUACGACUGGGUCAAAGCCCGCAGCCGCAACAGCACAGUCAUCUUUUGGGGACACUCGAUGGGUACUGGAAUUGCUACCAACACUGCUAGGAGGCUGAAAGAAAAAGAUGGAACCAUAGUUGACGCCCUGGUUCUGGAGGCUCCUUACACCAACAUCCGGGAUGCAGCUGCCACCAUCCCUGUUACAAAAAUCUACCGCAAGUUUCCUGGCUUUGACUAUCUGAUCUUAGACACGAUGGCUCUCGCGGGUAUGAUCUUCCCGAACGACAAAAACGUCCAAGUGUUGUCCAGUCCUAUCUUGAUCAUACAUUCAGAAGAUGAUGCGAUCAUACCAAUACAGCAUGGAAGGAAGCUCUUUGAGAUUGCAUACAACGCUUCGGAGAAGAAAGAGAACGUCGUGUUUAUUCCUUUACCUUCUGCUAUGGGCUUAGGACACGACUACAUUUCCUUCCACCCUGAUCUUGCUGGCAUCCUGAAAAACUUCCUCCAGAGUGUUAAGUGACAGCAGCAACGCAGGAAGAGAACAGCCGCUGUCACCCGCAAGGAACGCUGCGCCGUACUCCAGUUCAAAUUGCUACAGAUAAUAAAACGAGCCAUGAACAGGAA